AUUACGUAAUCACGCAAAGACAAGUAAAUGCAUGAUCAGUAUGCAGAAAUAGAGUUUACUUCUGCAAAGAAUGUAAGCCAAUGAAAUGUCAGCAACGGUAAAAUAUGUAAAUAGAUGCAAGCCCUGUUAGGUUGACUUACUUCAUUGGACUGGGGAGUUAGAUGAAAAGAGCAUUGUCUAAAGGCCCGUUACCAUCAUGAAGGAAUCGCUGCAAACCACUGAAUAUGGGAGAGUGGGGCAAAGCGAUGGAAUAUGCAAAUGUAUCAGUUUCCGCAAACGAAACGUUAUCUUGCUGGUCUUGCUUGUGGUGGCAUUGGUGGUAUUGUUGGUAGUUCUCUUUGCUACUGGUACCAUACCUGUGGGUGGAAGUACUACUCCAAACGCAGCCGAUGACCCUGAGGCGCCUCCCUCGGCUUCACGACUGGGAGAAUACAGGUUUGCCGCCGUAGCUGCGGAUGCUGGAGAAUGCUCAAAAGUGGGGACAGAAUUUCUUGCCCGGUGUGGCUCAGCAGUAGAUGCGACCAUCGCGACAUUGUUAUGUAUAGGAGUACACAAUGCGCACAGUAUGGGUGUCGGAGGAGGUUUCUUCAUGACAGUUUAUAACAGGGCAAACAAAACAGCACAUACAAUUGAUGCAAGGGAACAAGCACCGGCUGCCGCUUAUGAAACCAUGUUCACCAACAACCCUAGCAAAACCGCAACUACUAUUGGGGGACUAGCCAUUGGGGUGCCAGGAGAAAUAAGAGGCUACUGGUUGGCCCACCAACGUUUUGGUAAACUACCGUGGAGGGAACUGUUCGUGCCUACCAUUAACAUGUGUAGAUCAGGGAUAAAAGUCGGGAAAGCACUGGAAAAAGCCUUAAUAGCACUAGAAAAGUAUAUCCUAAACGACGCUAGCCUCAGCGAAGUGUUCGCCCCAAGAGGAAAAAUAUUAAAAGCAGGUGAUAUGAUGUACAGAUAUAAGUUAGCGGUUACGCUAGAGAAGAUUGCCAAUGCUACUGAUGGAGUAUCGGAAUUUUACGAUUCUGAAUUGACUCGAGACAUCGUUGAUGAAAUACAGGAAAAAGGUGGCAUUAUAACAAGACAGGACAUGCGAGAAUACACAGUGAAAGAAAAGGAACCCCUGACCCUAGAAAUGAACAACGGAAUGAAAGUGUAUACACCUCGGCCUCCAUCUAGUGGGGCUGUUUAUCAAUUUAUACUUAACAUUCUCCAAGGUUAUAAUUUUACUACUCAAGAGCUUCACGGUUCGCAUGCAGUUCGUACAUAUCACCGUAUGGUAGAAGCGAUGAAGUUCGCGUAUGCAAAGAGAACCGAGUUUGGUGAUGAAGAUUACUUGAGAAACACCACCUUGGACCAGCUGGUGAAAAACAUGACCUCUCUUGAGUUCGGGGACCAUAUCCGCAGUCUCAUCACAGACAGCACAACACAUGACACGGCAUAUUAUGGACCAACAUUUUACGACAGAAUGACCGAGGGUACCUCGCAUUUGUCUGUUUUGGCGGGAAAUGGAGAUGCUGUCGCAGUUACCAGCACCAUUAAUUUAUAUUUAGGAUCUCGAGUUCGAGGGAAGAAGACAGGGAUUAUAUACAACAAUCAAAUGGAUGACUUUUCCUCUCCAAACAUAACCAAUGCAUUUGGAAUCGCACCGUCUCCUAACAAUUUCAUUCGACCCGGAAAGCGCCCUCUAUCGUCCAUGUGCCCAACCAUUAUAGUUAAUAAGGACGGUGACGUAAUCCUGGUUGUUGGGGCAUCCGGUGGAUCCAGGAUCACCACUGCCAUCGCAUAUGUUACGGCACGCACACUGUGGUUCGGUGAAAAUAUCAAGCAAGCCAUCGAUGCUCGUCGAAUUCAUCACCAACUGUUACCGCCUGAAAUAAGUUAUGAGGAAGGGUUCAGAAAAGUGUACAUCUCGGGUCUGAGGGCGCUAAACCAUAAUUUAACAGAUAAAGCUGUCAUGCCCUCUGUGGUACAGGGUAUUCACAGAAGCGGAAGUGCCAUCUAUGCAAACUCGGACUUCAGAAAAGGUGGCUAUCCAGAUGGUUAUUAGAAACGGCGAUUUUAGAAAGCGUAUAACCUACCACCGGUGUUUUGGUAAUAGGAGUUCUUAUUGUUUUGAUUUUAGAAUUUUUCUGCGCAAUCUAUCCGACAAUCGUUUUCCGUCUGCUUCUUAUAGGAGUACUUGAAUCAAGCUUGAUCAAGCUUAAAUUUAGUAAGCAUGAAAGGGCGGCUCAUACAUGUACACAUUAUUGAUAGUAAAUAAUUAGUGUAGUAUCAAUUCGCACAGCAGAAAGAAGUGCAUAAAAAGGACACUUAGCAGCUUUGGGCAAAAUUUUGUGAAACUGUUAAACGCAUACAUUUUUGACACUUUCAAGAUUCCCCUGCUCGACUGGUUGAAAUAUUGGUCAAGUAGAAAGGAAAUUGAGCUUGUGAUACAAAAUGUGCUUGAAUAUUUAACCUUUUUUAUAUUUUACCUUUAUAUUUUAACAUUUAUAUAUCCCUGGUUUUAAAAUCGAAAUCUUGUAUACAUGUAGACCUACUUCAAUACCCCAGAAGACCUUAUAUUCAAAACAAUUGCACCAGUUAAAAAUUUUACACUUAUGCUGACUGGCCAACCGGAACGGUACCAAAGUGAAAUUUACACAGGUAACUGAUUGUUUAUAUACUAAGAGCAUUCCGGUGUGUCAUCGUGAAAUUAACAGCUACACUAAUAUAUUGCUUACAGGAUGCAUUAUGUACUACAUGAAUAUCUCACUUACACUCCUGGAAUAUAUGUUUCAUGUUUUAUGUGUGUUUGUGCUGUUUUUCGAAAUCACUCUUCAAUAAAAUUUGUCAACAACAAAA